UGUUAAGUGCACUUCCGGUAGUGCUAGUUCUUGUCAUUGGUUCUUGUAAAUAAUAACACGAAGUUUUGUUGACUGUCAGUGUUAAAAGUACAAGUUCACAAUAAACAACCUUGAAAUACGCCAUUAAAUAUGAAUUCAGUAAUUCGCGGUGUAUCGAUAUAUCGUUUAUUACGUCGUGCCUUUGCCCCAGUCGCUACUGUUCGUUGUCACAUUCAAGGACGAAAGUGUGACACUAGUGCUGGUGUUACUCUUGGUGGCACAAUCAGUCGAAGAGUGAGCACCGACUCGGACACCGAGCAGCUUGAUCUUAGUGGCAUAUUUCCGCCAAUCGUAACACCGUUCAAGAAAAACGAAGAUUUACAUCUCGUAAAACUGAAAGAAAAUCUUCAAAAAUGGAAUAAGAUCAAUUUUAAAGGUUAUGUAGUGUUGGGUUCGAAUGGAGAGGCAGUGCACCUCACCCCUGAGGAACGAGUUGAUGUAGUCAAGUGCGUGAGGGACAAUUCUGCUAGAGGAAAGCUACUUCUUGCAGGAGCAGGAUGCGAAUCUACAAGAGAGACGAUAGAAAUGAGUAAGCGAGUAGCGGACGCUGGUGCUGAUGCUGUGUUAGUGAUCACACCAAGCUUUUUCAAGGCCAAGAUGAACAAUGUUGCCAUUAUUGAUCAUUUUACAAAGGUGGCAGAUGCAAGCCCAGUGCCUUUAAUAUUAUACAACAUGCCGGCAAACACUGUUGUAGAUAUGUCAGUUGAUGCAGUCAUUCAGCUUUCAGAGCACCCCAACAUCAUUGGCUUCAAGGACAGUGGUGGUGACUUGGCCAAACUUGGAUACAUAGUGCUCAAGACUAAAGAUAAUGGGUUUCAAGUGCUUGCUGGUUCUGCAGGAUUUUUGCUUCCUUCCUAUGUUAUAGGCUGUGUUGGUGGCAUCUGUGCUGUAGCCAAUAUUGUGGGCCAAACGGUGUGCGACGUUCACUCCCUCUAUCACAAGGGCGACAUGGAGACUGCCUUGCAACUUCAGCAAAUGCUGAUCGGACCGAAUACAGCGGUCACAAAAACAUUCGGUGUGUCAGGAUUGAAGGCAGCGAUGGAGUGGGUUGGUUUGUAUGGAGGUCCAGCCCGAGCGCCGCUCCAACCGCUAACAGCUGAGGAGCGUAUAGCACUGAGAAGGGCAUUCUUGGCUUCAGAAUUGAUCAAGGAUAACCUGUAAACUGCUGCAUAGUGGGUGACUAACGUCUUGCCAACUUUUACACUCGGGAUAGUUUAUAUAGUUUAUGCAAUAGUUGGUUGUUGUGCCCGCUAGUUUAUAUAACCUGCAGUAUUACAUAGAUAUGGCAUCUAAACAGCAUAAUAGGAUCAGGAGUGAAUAAUAGAAUCUCUAUUAUUCACUCCUGAUAGGAUGAUGUACAAAAGAAAUAUUUUAGAAAUCUCAACAUAACAUUAGCCAUGUUCGACCCAUCCAAAAAAAUUGAAUAUUAAUGUAUCAAGAUCUGUUUACCCACAACAGUAUCCUGUCAGUUUGAUUAGACACAUUCCAUCUGCCACCCCAUUGUGUGAUACUAUAAUUUCUAAUGUUGUUAUUUUAUUAGGGUAAGAUCGCUAGAGGGAAUGUUAAAACAUAUUUAUGUGAUUUGAGAAAAAUUCACUCUGUACUAACCAACACAAUUGGUGAAUUUUAUAUGAAAUUCUAAUUCCCAUCAACUUAUUACAUGUGAUAGUUCACUAGUCUGAUUUAUCAUGUAUUAUAUUGUUCUCCUGGUUGUAGAAUAGUAUUGAGUUUGCGUCUUGCAUGAAAGUUCAUUUCGAACAACUUAUUUCCUGCAUAACAUUAUGUCUAUACAACAUAAAAGUGGGGAGAGUGGCAUAUAAUAGGAUAGAGAAUUUUUUUAUAGGUUGUUUUGAGCUUGUAAUUAUGACCGUAUAGGAUAUUAUUCAUUGACCUUCAUUUUAUUCUCAGUUAUAAAGUUGUUAUAACACAUAGCUAAAACAAGUCACAGUUUCUGCGUGAUUAUGGCUAUGAGAGCACUUAUAUUUUUUAUCUUUUGUAAUAACAUGAUGCAUAUAUGUAUGCAGAAACUGAAGCAACAAUAAACAAGUUUGACACUUGAA